UGUGCCAUCAUCAUCUUCAUCUUCAAUUUUUCUCAUAUCAAAAUCCAUCAAUUAACAAUGUCUUCCCAAUCCACACACUAAGUACUAUACAAAAACCUAUUUAUCUUAGCUUCAUCAUUCCCUUCCUACCUAGCCACCACCGACAAGCUAAGGCGACAAUAAUAUAAUGCCCGCCCCCUCCUCCGGCGCGUCGCGGGCACGGCGGUUCAGCCUAGUGAGAUGCCUAACCACAUGCUUCUCCACCGUCGUCAUCAUCACCGGCGCCAUCAUCCUCAUCGUCUGGCUCGCCAUCCGCCCCAACCAGAUCGACUACACCGUCGAAAACGCCUCCGUCGCCAACUACAACUUCUCCGACGCCGACAACCGCCUCUCCGGCGACUUCACCUUCACCGUCAAGGCCAAAAACCCCAACGCCAAAGUCUCGAUCUACUACGACUCCAUAAACGCCUCGCUCUCGUACGACCUCUCCCCCAUCGCCACCGCAAGUGGGACCCCCUUUUACCAGCGCAAGAAGAGCACUAAGGAGUUCGAGUUGUUUUUUCCGACGAGACGGGCGGUGCUCCCCGACGUGGCCACCCGGGAUCUGAAGAAUCAGAGCUCCACGGCCGGGAAGGUGGCCGUGGACCUAACCAUUUAUGCUAAGAUUAGGUUUAAGGUAUGGUUUGUGAAGUCAGGUCAUUUCAUGAAGGUUGUGUGUUCGCCUAUAAAUGUGCCUUUGUCUAAUAAGGGAUUUCAGCCUGAAUUUUGUCAAGUGUAUAUGUGAACACUAUAUUAGCAAGUCCAUAUAUAGGUUAUUUUUAUCAUUUUCUUUUUUAAUUUGUUGUAUCUAAAAAGGGUUUUCAAUUUAUUUGUUUGUUUUUGUGUUGUGGUGUUAGCUUAUUAUUGGGUUCUAUUUGUGUUUUGGGUUUAUUUUGCUGGCUGUGAAGUGUGAAUUGAAGCAGCCUUUGUAACAAGUACUCCCUAUUUAUACAGAAUGGGAUGGUUAUAUUAAGUUU